AUGGCAUCACUCUUGCGCAAUGCAGCGGUGCGUCGCAGCGCACUGUGCUGCGCUGGACCUUCCAACGCCUCCCUGUCCGCCGCGACAUUCGCCACGUCCACACGCAGCCUGAUUGCGGAUAAGAAGACGGAUGCCACGCCUGCACGGGUCCACCGCUCCCAAUCUGAUGCUGCGGGUGAGGGGCAGGGUAAGACGCAGCGCGAAGCCAUCGCCUCGGCCAUGGGAGUGCUCGACACACUUGCGCGCGAUGUAGCCUCGCAACCGCCUCGUCCCCCCUCGACCGAAUCCGUGUCCACCCCAUCCUCACCGGGGCUGGAAGCGGUCUACGACACCACCGGCCCCGUCUACACACCAUCUACACUCCCACCUCGCACGGAUGCUACACUGGAGUUCCUUACGAACCUGCUCAUGAAGGCGGGCAAAAAGGCACAGGCGCAGAGGUUCACCACGCGCACCAUGUCGAUCCUUGCGACGGUGACCAACUCGAACCCGCUGCCGCUGGUGCACGAUGCGAUCGAGCGCACCGCCCCACUGGUGAAGCUGCAGAGCAAGAAGCAGGGCGGCAAGUCGCUCCAGGUGCCCGUAGCGCUCACCCAGCGCCAAAGCACGCGCAAGGCACUCACGUGGAUCAUCGAGGCCAGCAAGAAGCGCCCCGACCGAGAGAUCGAGAAGCGCCUCGCCGCCGAAUUCCUCGCCGUCAUCGAGGGCACCAGCUCCGCCAUCGCCAAGAAGGAGGAACAGCACCGAAUGGCGACCGUCAACAGAGCAAAUGCCGCCGUCCGAAUCUAA